AUGGAAAAGUUCGCGGGGACUAUCGCGAUAGUGACGGGCGGAUCUGCCGGCAUUGGAAAAGCGUUGAUAAAACGACUUUUGGAUAAAUCUGUGGAUCUGACUGUGGUGGGACUUGCAAGAAGGCCAAUUGAAGAGUUCGCUUCAUUCAGCAAUUUUCGUGGUUUUCAAUGCGACGUUUCCAAAGCAGAUCAAGUUCAAGCCGUCAUUUCGUCGAUUCAGCGGGAGUUUCCUGGGAAAUCUGUCCAGCUCUUAGUCAAUAAUGCUGGGCAUGGAAAGCCUCUUCCAUUGCUUGACCAUUCUUCUUUGAAUGACUCCUGUACGAUCAAAGUGGAUAGCUUAGAAGAUGUCUCGUCCGUGUACGCAUCCCAACUCAAUACGAACGUCCUUGGGUUGUCUCUCAUGACAAGAGCUGUCUCAAAAUUGAUGGACCAUCAAAAAUGCGGCAACAUCAUCAACAUAAACUCAAUGUCCGGGCAGCGUGUCGUCCCAACACCGAAUUCGCACAUGUACUCAGCGACAAAGUUCGCCGUUACUGCUCUUACAGAAGGAACGCGCCAGGAGCUCCGUCAGAUUAAUUCGUCAAUCAGAGCGAACCAGAUCUCUCCUGGCUACGUGGAUACUGACUUCUUCCAGGCAUUCAGCAUGGAGGAGGGAUACCAGGAGAAGAUGAAGGAGAUUGUCAAGACCGCCAUCACUUCUGAAGACAUCGUAAAUUCGAUCAUGCUGUGCGUCGAGGCGCAACCAGGCUGCCAGAUUGGAGAUAUUCAAAUGCGCCCGACUGUUCAGAAGUUGUGA